AUGAGCUCGUCGAGCCAUGGCAACUUGGGAAAUCUCAGGAAAAUCCUGCGUAUCUCUGAUGAUGUCUCUCAUGCCAUCGCCUCCAACCAGCCCGUCGUGGCCCUAGAGUCUACCAUUUACACCCACGGCGCUCUCGCCCAGGAUCUCAUGUUAGAGAAGAUUGUCCGUGAACAUGGAGGUGUCCCGGCCGUGAUUGGUAUUCUUGACGGCGUGCCCACCGUUGGCCUUACUCCGGAUGAGAUAGACCGAAUGGUCAAUGAGGGAAAACCUGUCAAGGCCUCGAGGAGGGACAUCGCCUUUCUCGCCGGAAGGGGACUUUUAAGCCGAGGUGUACAUGGCGGUACCACCAUCGCGGGCACCAUGCUCCUUGCGAGAAUCGCCGGUAUCCGAGUCUUUGGUACCGGGGGCCUGGGAGGAGUCCACCGUGGGGGCCAGGACUCCCUCGAUAUCUCGGCCGACCUCACAGAACUCGGAAGGACGCGAGUGGCUGUGGUGAGCAGCGGCUGCAAGGGAUUUUUAGACAUCCCGCGCACCCUAGAGUAUCUCGAGACACAGGGAACUGUUGUCGCCACCUUUGCGGACGGUCGCGAGGGCGCCGUGGAUUUCCCUGCCUUUUGGGCGCGUGACAGCGGGACCAAGAGUCCAGCGGUGGUCCACGAUGAAAAGGAAGCGGCAGCCAUCAUUCUCGCCCAAGAGAGGCUAGGGAUCGAGUCUGGGCUGUUAUUUGCCAACCCCAUCCCGGAGAAGUACGCGAUUCCCAGCUCCGAGAUGGCUGCGGCGAUUGAGACGGCGGUGCGGGAAGCCUCAGAAAAGGGCUACACCGGUAGCACAAACACGCCCUAUGUUCUGUCUCGCAUACGCAGCUUGACGAAUGAGAAGAGCGUGGAGGCCAACGUCGGGCUGGUGCGCGCCAACGUGGCCAGGGCAGCCAAGAUUGCUGGAGAGCUUUCUAAACUAUCGCGAAAGGGAUCCGACUUCUCCACAUUCAAGACACACCCCGUGCCGGCCGCUUCCACGAAGAAAGAGCCCAAGGUAGAAGGCAAGAAGCACCUCAAAGCGGACAUCUUGGUGGCCGGAGCUGUGGCGAUUGACCUGAACUGCGAUUAUGUCGCUCAACAGAGUCCCGCGACGGAGGCUACGGGCGAAGAGCUCAUCCCCAAGCCACAUACGUCGAAUCCCGCACGGAUCAACCAGUCAGUAGGAGGCGUAGGUCACAAUGUCGCCCUAGCCGCGCACAGAGUGAGCGGAGAUGUGAAAGUGAGGCUUUGUAGCAUGGUCGGAGACGAUGUAGCGGGCCAGACGGUUCUAUCAACCUUGCAAUCCUGCGGGCUCGACACUAGCUACGUCCGAAAGCUCUCGGCGGACUAUCACUCGUCAAGUCGUACAGCGCAAUAUGUGGCCGUCAAUGAUGCGCAGAAAAACUUGGUCAUGGCCAUGGCAGACAUGGGCAUCUUUACGCAUCACUCUUUCCCCGAGUACUGGAAGUCGGCCGUGGCAGGUGCCAAGCCGCAGUGGCUGGUUGUCGAUGGUAACUGGAGCGAAAAGGACAUUCGGGCUUGGAUCCAAGCGGCCAGAACGCAGGAUUGCUCAGUGGCUUUCGAGCCCGUGUCUACGGCCAAAGCCACACGACUAUUUUGCCCCGAGAAGGACUUUUCGAACCUCCGCGUAUACCCCAACGCCGCAAUCGACAUUGCGACGCCCAACCAUUUUGAGUUGCUCUCCAUGUUCAACGCGGCGAGGGAAAACGGCUACUUUGACAACCCGGCGUGGUUUAGUGUCGUUGAUGCUUUUGGAAUGCGAGGGGCGCGGGAGCGAUUCGUCCGGCUGACGUCGGCGGAGAUGACGGACUUAGGCAUCCCCGUCCAGAGCGUACAGCUUCUUCCGUACAUCCCCACCGUCAUCACGAAGCUCGGGUCCAAGGGCGUUCUCCUGACUACCAUCCUCCACAAGGACGACCCACGUCUUCGCGAUCCCGAUUCGGAGCGGUAUAUCCUCACCCGAAGCUCGGGCGACCACGCACACGUGGGGGCAUCUAUAUGA